AUGAAUAAAUGGUUUGGAUGGCAAAAACAAUUUGUUAUUUGGCGACGACUCAAUUUUCAUAAAUUACAAAGUGUACGUGGUGCAAUUAAUACAGUAUCUUUCUUUGUGGUGUGGUUUUCCAUUGGUUAUAUACUAUUAAAGAAAAUAGAUCGAUAUCCAACGGAAAAAGGUUCAUCACACGCUGUAGAACGUGCAAAAUUAAUUGGUGCAGAUAAAAUUGUAGAAUUUAAUCCUAAAACACGGGAAUUUACAAAUAUUAAUGUAAAUGAGCUAUUGGCUGAUAGAGAAUUAGAACAACGACGUAAACAAUUAGAAAUUCGACGAUUACGACAAGAAGCAAAAUUAAAUAAAAAUCCAACAGUAGACAAAAUUCGUUUGUGUUUUAAAAUAAUUAAAUCAUGUCAUUCUUAUCGUGGUACGACCGAUGAAGAUAAUUUAUAUAUUCCAGUUAUUUUACUAUUACGUCAAGAUGAAAAAUUUCAUUUAACAUCAACAUUUGAUGAAUUAUUGAAACAAUUUAUCAAUUUAUUUAAAAUUAUCGAUAUUCAUAGUGAAAAGAUAUUAAAAGAUAUUCUUUAUUUAAUCAGUAUUUUAUUUUCAAAACGUAUAAUGAUCACAAAAGAUGAAGGUCAACAGUGGUUAUUUGUUAAAUUUAUAAAACAAUUUCUUUUGAAUAUUAAACAGGAUAAAUGUUUGUUUUACAAACAAUUUUUAUCAAAUAUAAAUGAACAUUUAACAAUGAUUGGUUAUUAUCUAUCGUGUUUGUUAACAUUAUAUGAAAAUACGGGAACAUUAGAUUAUCGUUUAGAUAUAUUAGAAACACUUUGGAUAUUAGUGUAUAUUCAUGACAAUGAGUAUGAAAUAAUUGUAGGACAAAUAUUGUCGUGUUUUUUACCGGGUCUCAUAAAAACAUUGGCAUCCGUCUUGUUUAAACAAGCACAUCAUCGUCUAAUUGAAGCUAGUCUAAUUGUGUUUAGUUAUUUGAUUCGAAUAUCUGUUCGAUUAUCAACUCAAAACAGUGAGAUAAAGAAUUUAAAAUCAGAAUUGAUAGGUAUUUAUGUGACGCGAAAUGAAGAAUGGAUACGAAUUGUAGAUAAUCAUAUUGAAACAGUAUUAAAACGUCUUAGUCAUGAAUAUAGUUUACAUGAAAGUUUAAAUGUUCAAUGUGCACUUACAACAACGAUGAUCAUAUCACACCAAUUACCCAUCAUCAUUUGUCAGACAUCGUCAGCAUCUGAUACAUAUGCGUUUAUUAAAUAUCAAACAUUAUUUCGAGAACAAAUAUUAAAUUCAACUGAGAAUGUUGCAUUAUCCGAUCAUUUAUUUUUACAGUGUCAAACAGAUUUAUUUCAAUUAUGUUUGUCACGAACGGCAAAAUCAGGUAGCAAUACGGCAACACUAAAUGAACGUCGUUGGCGUCUACAAUUAUUCGCUGGCUACUAUCAAUUUAUUCAUAGACAAAUUAAGACAUUAUUUGAUUUGGAUACAUUUUGUCAACAAUUUUUAGAAUUUGUAUUAGAUAAUUUAGAUUUUCAACUUUUGAUUAAGGAUAAUUUACUAUUAUUAAAUUCAACAUCGAUUAAAAUCAAUAUGAAUAUGAGUAACGAUGAAUAUUACUCUGUAUACAAAUUAAUUCAACCGGAUGUUCAUAACGAUAUUCAAAGAAUUUUUCAUAUAUUUUUAAAUGCUAAACAAUCAAACGUAAGUGGAUUUCUAUUAUUUUUUAUUGAAAAAUUAAAUGAGACAGAUAAUCAAGAUGACAAAAUGAAAUUUAUUUAUUUAUUAUCGAUUGUUAUUGAUACAUUGAACAACAAUAUUGAGAUUGAACAACAUUGUCAAAAUACAAUAAUGGAUCAAAUGAUUACAUUAUUAACGACAUAUAUGUAUGACGAUGACAAUCGCGGAAGAAACAAAAAGGCGAGAAAAUCAAAAGAUUAUCCAAUAUCGUUACGUAAUUUAACAAUUUAUCUUGUUUUGAAAUGUCUACUAUCUGUAUCAAAUUAUUUGAAAAAUGAUGAUGAAUAUCAUCAAUUUUUGAUAGAUUAUAUACCAUUAUUAUUAAUAUGUUGUUCGUCUAAAUACACUAUAGUGCAUCAAACAGCGUUUCGUAGUCUACAAAUGAUAGCGAGGGAGCAAUCUAUUGAACAAUUAUUAUCAAAUUAUUGUGAUUAUGUUAUUGAUAUUGCAUUAAAAAAAUUGCGAACAUCAUCAAUUGAUGGUUAUAUUAUUUUAAUUGAAUUUAGUCGAAUCGGACGUGCUAGUGUUAUUAAUCAACCAAUAAUGACACAUGUUAUUGAGUAUAUUCUACUUGAAUUAGAAUGUUUACCAUCUAUUGAUGUUAUUCGAAUGAUAUUUCAAUUUUUAAGCGUUUUUUGUCAACAAGUUGCAUUAUGUGAUAAUAAUCAUCAAGAAACAUUCGUACAACCACAACAACUAGUUGAUGAUCAAACAAACGAUAAACAAACGUUGGUUGAUUUUGCACUUGAUUUAGGAAAACAACAUUCAAAAGUGAAAAUACCUCUUGUUGAUAAUACGAGUGAACAAGAAGAAGAUGAGAAAGAAUACGAUGAUAAUGAUGAAGUUCAAAAGGAAAUAAGAAAAGAUCCAUGGCAUCUUAUGUUAUCAUCGAUUGUUGAUGUAUUUCAACAUUUUAUAUCAAAUUCAAAUAGUCAAAUUCGUUCCUAUGUUCUCGAUGCUUUACCAUCAUUAACCAAAUUGUUGCUAUUAAUUAAUGAAAAUACUUUAUUACCAUUAGUUCAUAAACUAUGGCCAGGACUUGUCAAACGUUUACAUGAUAAAGAUUUAAAUGUGAGAAUAAAAUGUGUCACAAACAUUCAAGUUUUGUGUGAUGUAUGUUCACAAUUUAUUGAUAAACGUUUACGACAAGAUGUUUUGAAUGUAUUAAUGAACUAUUUAGAAAUCAAUUCAAAACGAUAUAGACAAGAACAUCAGCAACAUACGUUAGAAUAUCGUUAUUUAAAACAUAUCUUAUAUAAUAUUGGUUAUAUAAUAACGAAAAUAAACGUUAAUUUUGUUGAUAUUGAAAAUAUAAUUCGUAUCCUCUUAAUCUAUUUGGAUCCUGAACAACAUGAUGAAUCAAUUCAAAAUAUUGUUUAUGAACAACUGAUUCUUCUUGAAAAGAAAUAUUCUGAUAUUCUUUGGUUGCAACUUAUAUCAAAAGUUUACCGUGAUGAUUUGUUAUCAUCGAAUAACAUCACAAAAUUGAACAAUUUAGAUUCGAUCAAACGUUUUUUAAUGAAAAUGAAAUUUUUCAAAAAUGAACAACUGAAAAUUGUUGAUAACAUGAAAAUGAAUUUAUUUCAUAGAUGUAUUGAAGUAUAA